GCCGUGAUGACGCUGACAUGCAGCGUAUUAUAUGGAGAGGUACAGAAGGAGAGCCAGCAGCCUAUCGAUUGCUAACAGUCACGUACGGUUUAAAUUGCUCACCAUAUCUUGCAAUUAAAGUGCUGCAAACAUUAGCUGAUGAUGAAGAGUCAACUUAUCCUGAGGCGUCUAAGGUCUUGCGAGAAUCAUUUUACGUAGACGACUGUUUGCAUGGAGCUGACUCCGUCGAUGCUGCUUUGGAAAUCCAGUACCAACUGCGACAGUUACUCCAAAGAGGUGGUUUCGUCCUACGAAAGUGGAGCUCAAACGCUGAAGACUUCAUGCAGCGGUUAAGUGCAGAUGACAAAGAGAAUACUAUUUGUUGCAACCUCAACCUGGACCGUACAACUAAAGCUCUUGGCAUUUAUUGGCUCUGUGAUUCAGACUCUUUGACAUAUAAGGGUUACUAGCGCCGAUAACUGUAACUGGAAAAGCUAUGUGUCAGAAGUUGUGGGUGGCCGGUUUAAACUGGGAUGACCCAAUUCCCGAACCACUUCAGCAAGAAUGGCAACGGUUUCGAAAGGAGCUAGGUGAAGUUGAGCGUCUUAGAAUUCCAAGGUGGCUCGGUGUAGAACCUAACUCUAGAGGUUACCAACUGCAUGUCUUUUCCGAUGCGUCCGCCAUAGCAUAUGCUGCGGUAGCAUAUCUCAGGUUCGACACAGCGCCGAGAAACGUACAUGUUGCCAUUUUGGCUGCGAA